AUGAAGAUCUACUAUAUCGGAAUCCUUCGAAAUGACCCGGUUCCCGCCACCGAGUUGGCCGUUGAACGCGACCUAUCGUCCUUCUCCCGCUUCACUCGAGACAGUUACGGCGAGUUCAUGACCAUGUUCGCAAAGACAGUGGCGGAACGCACCAAACCGGGCGUGCGCCAGGACAUUGAAGAGAAAUCAUAUACCUUCCACGCCUACGGCUCGAGUCAGGGUGUGGCAGGCAUCAUCAUCAGCGACGCCGAAUACCCAGCCCUAGUGGCACACCAAGUGCUUUCCAAGAUCGUUGACGAGUUCACUUCACAAAACCCGCGGUCCAGCUACGCCAGCCCCAGCGUCACGAGUCGACCGUUCCCCCAGCUCAAGGAGUACUUGGUCAAAUACCAGGACCCGCAUCAGGCAGACAGCAUCAUGAAGGUCCAGCGUGAACUGGACGAGACCAAAAUUGUGUUGCACAAGACCAUUGAGAGUGUUCUAGAGCGUGGCGAGAAGAUUGAUAGUCUGGUAGCCAAGAGCGACGGACUGAGCGCGCAGAGCAAGAUGUUCUAUCAACAAGCCAAGAAGCAGAAUUCUUGUUGUGUGGUUAUGUAA